CCUGUCAACUUUCAUACCCAGUUUUUUUAUUUAUAUCUUUUUUUGUGUACAAACAUGACUUGUGUUAAAGUAUUUAUCUGCUUUUUAAUGUUAUUUAUAUGCCUGUGUUAUAUAUAUAUAGGAAGCUGUGUAUGUGAAUAGUUCUGUCCUGUUUGGAUUUUAAGUUGUUACCGUUUUUUGCAAAGUUUCACAGUUCUGCAUCUGUGGUAAGGUUGCCAGUUAAUUUGGUUUUACAAUCACUUUCACCUUACAAUGUUAUUGGUAAGUUUAAGUGGGCGGAAACAAGUAUUUAUCUUAAAACUAUCAGAUAAAAUUCACCCACACUUCACUUAAAUGUGCUGUACUGAGGCGGAACCUGCAUCUGAUUGUUGCGAUACACAAUCCCAUGUUGGUUCCAGUAGAUGAGUUGCGAUGUUUCCUGUAAACUCUGAAACCUGCCACAUUCGGGCGGUCUGGAAAUGAUAUGUUCCCUCUUCUUCUGAAAGCAUUCGUUUUUUUAUCGGUAAAAGUUUCUUAAUGACAAAGCCCGUGCGAGCAAAUGUGGCUCAUCAUUUAGAAAACAGAACAGAAACUCACAACUGUAAACAGAGUUUCAGAUACAGUCAACAGAGAACAUAAUCUCUCUCACCAUCAGGUUUGCAGUCAUAAUCACAAUAAUGUUUUUGUGCAGAUUUUGGUCUUUAAAGACAUGCGUUUAUUUACUUUUUUUGUACACCCAAAAAGUUGUAAAACAUAACUUAAUCUAGACAGCAGAAGAAAAAAUUCCCCCCCAUCUGCUUGGAAUAUUAUUUAAUUCCUUGUGCGUCGUAAACAUUCAUAUAUUCGAAUCCGUUCUAGCUAUUCAUUCAGCAGUUUACCAGAUUCAGUUCUCAGUCUAAACAGAAGAAUAAGAUCCACAUGAGUUGUCUGAUAAGGCGCGUUUGAAGUGAUUGAAAAGCUUGAGGUGUAUUUGAAAUGUAAAUGACUCCACAUCUGUGAGCCCUUUGGAGAGAAGCAAUAGAUCAGAGCUGUAUAGUCAAGAACUUUACGGCUGACAAAUGAAUUUGGGCCUCGGUGGAGGGAGAAAGCAGCAGUGGGGGUCUUCCAUUUGUUCUUCGUGGCUUCUGAGUUUGCACAACUUCUUUUGGGCUAACUUCUUGCCGCUUUGAGAUUCGCCACUUGUGUCCCUGCGGCAGAUUCAUGUGGCGUUGGUGCCGUUGAAUAAAGGGCAUGUAGAGAAAAUAAAUUGUAGAGGACUUUUUAGUGACAGUGAUAGAGAAUGAAUCACGCUAGCAUACUAAAUCCAGGUGUUUGCUUGUAAGGAAAUAUAAUUAGUUUGACUACUACAGAAUCAGUUUUUUUUGUUCUCUUUUGUUGAUUGAAACGCUUAUUUGCUUUUUGUGUUAACGGCUGCGUAAGUAACUUGUGUAUUACUCCAAAGUUAAUACAAGCUUUCAUAAACUGAUUUUAAGAGUAACGAAAACAAUCUAAAUUGUUUUUAAAAAGUCACAUGGUCAAAACUUUUCAUUCAUCUGAAUCUUUAAAUAGAAAACAUUUCUUUCAGUAUAUUUUAUCGUCCGUGUGAGCAAGCAACAGACUUCAAACCUUCGUCGCUGCUCUUGUUUUUAAAUGACAAAUGAAUGACUUUAUAGAAAUUCCUUCUUGUUUUUUGGUGCCGAGACUUUCACUGGUGGUUAGAAAUAUAGAGACAAGAAACUUAGUUUUUUGUAACUGCCUGAUGAAAUGCCAACGUUUAUAGAGAGACUGCCCUUGAUAAUUUGAAACCUUAAAAGCUUUUAUUACAUAUUCGAUUUAGCUUGCACACAAAUAUAAUUUUUUUUCUCCAUAUUUUUUUUCUGGAAUUAAAAAGCCACAGAUCACAGCGGUUGCUUUUUUGUCUCGUGUGCUUUUCAUUCUGUUUUUGGUUGUUUUAGAAGAGACUAAAAGACGUUGAUAUGCCGCUCCGGAUGUGUAGUUUAGUAUGUAUAUUGUGAAAACUUAAACAAUAUUGUCCUGAUUAUAAAGUAAGAGGUCACCUUGGAUGCUAUAUGAAUGAAGUGCUCGAAACGUAAGCAUUUCUUCUUUUUUUUUCUCACACCCUGUCUGUCUCUCUGGGAAUAAAACACAGACCUUUGACCCGUUGUGUCACAGCAAGCUCUUUAAUCCUGUAAUGAAUUACAGCUUCAGCUUCUGUUGCAUUUAUUAGUAAUAUGAUUUGAGAAGUAAGGUUUUAAUUUUCUUAUAACUCUCAAACCUUGACUAGCACACACAACUCUUCCGUGAAGUCUAUUUGACAACUCCCACAGAUAAGCAACAGUUUAGGUUACCACUCUGACUCUGUCAAAGCAGUUUGACAUCACUUGUUAGGCUAAUUAUGUGGCGUGUAAUAAUUUAGUGGUUUUACAUCUGGUAAAGUUUGGUGGUGACUGAAAACUCUCCGUAUUCCCAGUAGAGGGGUACUGUAGGUUGCACUGCAAGAAAUGAAAAAAGUUCCCCUGAAUCUUCAUUCUUACUCAUGAACAAAAAUAGAUGGUGCUUGUGUAGGAAUGUGUGCCAUAAAACUUUCUGGUUGGAUGUGUUGAGACUGUGAUGUUAGAUUAGCUUUUAAUACGUGUCGGAUAAGUUUGUCUCUGUCCAAACUGAAUUAGUAAAUCGGUACAUAUUUAUUUAAAUGAACAUCGCUCUUGUCAGUUUAAUAGCUCCAUCCUUCUCGCUCUGUUAUUCUUUUGCUACUAUCUGAAAGUUUUCAUGUCAAAUCCUCCAGCAGUUGCCCACUUCCUUUCCAGUCUGACCGUGCCCAGUUUAGUCCGUCCGCCGUUCCUCCUGCGAGCUCCUCGCGCCGGCCCCUCUGGAACGUUGAUGAUGAUCACGAAGAGCCGUGUGGUGUGGUCACCCUUCGCACCCAGGAUCAUCUGCACCUGUGAGGUCUUCUGAGAAGAGGAAGUACAGGACGGUACGCUUCAUAAACGGCACGUAUGAAGACGACGCAAGGCUAAUAAACUCUGUGAACGCCGCAGGAGAAAAUGGAAUGAUUCCUAGGCCAGAAUGGAUGUGGAAUAAAGGGUACCUCAGAGGAAAAGGACUCCUCAGGGAAGCGCCUUUGGAUACCUUUCCAACUGUUAUCUGCCUCCCUGUUGGAACUGAGUGUGAUAAUGCUAUAACCCAAUGCUUAACAGAGAUAUGGUGCGGAAAAAGAAUCCCCCUUUGAGAAGCUUCGGCGGCGAGGAAGAGGACGGAGAGGCCGUGGCGGCCGAGGCCACGGGCCCGGAAACCGGAAACGGCGAGAGCCAGGCUUCUGAGCCCGACGGGUCGGUAAACGAGGAGCGUGAGGAGCCGUCGUCCCCUGGCCCCAUCAAACCAGACAGGCCCGAUUUCUCCAGCCACAAGCAGGCAGCCGAGACCAGGCUGCUAGACUUCACUGCUUCCCCAAUGCACUCUGAUCCAGAAGAAAAAGGGGACCCGCUGCAGAUUGAGGCUGAAGACUGCGAGAACGACCGGAAUGGCCUGAGGUCCACCGCCCGGUUAGGCUGCGUUAUCGUACAGGGCUGCACCAGCAAUGGAGAAGAGAAGGACUUCGACCACAGCCCACAGGCAUUGAUGGGCUCUGUCAGCCCUCAUGGAGCGAGUCUAGAGGGUUCCAAUGUCCCUCCCGUUACGCUUCAUCCCCAAAGGCCCAUAGGGGGAGUGGAGGAGGCCUCUAGCCCGCUUGGAGCCGAGACUGGAGCUCCUCCACCCACCUCACCCAAGCUCCAGGACUUUAAGUGCAACAUCUGUGGGUACGGUUACUAUGGCAACGACCCCACGGACCUAAUCAAACACUUUCGUAAGUACCACCUGGGCCUGCACAACCGGACGCGACAGGACACUGAGCUGGACAAUAAGAUCCUCGCCCUUCAUAACAUGGUGCAGUUCGCCGCCCAAUCGCAGGCCAAAGACUCGGCUCGGCUCCUUGGGCAAUCAGCUCAGAGCGGCUUUGUGGCAGAAGCAGGGUCGCCCAGGUCUUCCGUGCUCAAUGGCACCUAUGACGUACAGGUGACGUUAGCAGGUACCUUCAUCGGAAUCGGGAGGAAGACGCAGGACUGUCAAGGCAACACCAAGUACUUCCGCUGUAAGUUCUGUAAUUUCACCUACAUGGGAAGCUCCUCGGUGGACCUAGAGCAGCAUUUCCUGGCCACCCACCCUAACAAGAUGAAGAGUCCCCCUCCAUCCAACCCCAGCCCGGAGGAGAGGUCCUCUGAGAGGAAGGGGAACGGCAUGCCACGCAUAGGAACGGACGAGCAAGGGAAGUGGACAGAUCGGGUGGCAGUGAGGGCGGAGGAUGACACUGUGGCCGGAUACUCUGUGCCAAUCAGGGCGUCAGACUCCCCCACCCAUACGGGAGGUGACACCCCAGCGGCGUAUUACUGGUGCAAGUACUGCAGCUUUAGUUGCGAAGCCGUCAGCAGCUCCACACUUCUGGAGCACUACGAGAAAAAACACGGUCAGGGGGCCGUCAGGGUGGACAGUCCGGGAGACACGGACAAAAAAGUGGGAGACUCCCAUCUGCGGAAAAAGGAACACCAGAGCGGAAAGACCGGUGGAGCGGGCGAUCCAGAAACGGUGGUGACAAGUUACAACUGCCAGUUCUGUGACUUCCGUUACUCGAUGACUCACGGUCCGGAUGUGAUCGUCGUGGCUCCGCUCCUACAUCACUAUCAGCGAGCCCACAGCAUUCACAAGUGCACCAUCAAGCAUUGCCCCUUCUGCCCACGUGGGCUUUGCACUCCCGAGAAGCACCUGGGGGAGAUCUCCUAUCCCUUCGCUUGCCGUAAGAGCACGUGCUCGCACUGCGCUCUUCUGCUGCUGCAGCUAACAGCCGGGGGGAACGCGUCCCCGUCCCCACCGGCCCCCAGAGCGUCCGUCACCCACUUGUGUGACCAGUGCCCAUUCACCUCAACUGACAUUGACUUGCUUCUGUUGCACUAUGACAGCGCCCAUGUCCCACACAACUUACUGGAUGUCAAACCAGAGGUGGAGGGAUCAGGGGAUGGAGGGGUUGGGCCGGGGCGAGACCAACCUGGAGAGUACGCCUGCACUAAGUGCCAUUUCUUUACCGAAGUGGAGGAGGAGAUCUUUCGUCACUACAGGAGGGUUCACGGCUGCUGCCGUUGCCGCCAUUGUAGCUUCACUGCCACAGACACCACAGCACUGCUGGACCACUUCAACUCCGCCCACUGCAAGGACUCCGUUGACCCCGCCUCCGCUCCUGCCAACGGCUGUUCUGCCCCUUCAACCCUCCGCAUCAAAGAGGAGAGCAAAGGUGAUCUGAAACUCUAUAGCCUGGUGCCUCCGGAGGCCAGCAGAGCCGAGCCGCCGCCGGGCUUAGAAGGCAUGAAGAGCGAGACCCAGGACGAGAAAGAGAAGGCCUGGGUUGAUGCUCUAGGCGGUGGAGUCCGAGGUGGGGAGCAGCAUGUGCAGAGUCUUGUCUGGGUUCCUAAAGAGCGUGCAGGGGAGAUUCUGAGAGGCAGCCCGGCCCCGUUCCCUCAGGCAACGCUGGGUUUGCUGAACGCAGUGGGUGCCGGGGUCAAAGACCAGCAGCAGAAGGGGGCGGCCAUGCUUAGGGACUCAUCGGGGCUGCUGUACAGCCUAAGUGCGAAUGCGAAAAGUUACCUUCCUGGUACGCCACCAAGCGGCGGAGAGAAAACUGGGCAGUACCCAUCCUCUACAGAGGGCAAGAGUGCCAAGGAAGAGUCCCAGUCGCUUUUACGGAGACGACGUGGUUCGGGGGUCUUCUGCGCCAACUGUCUGACCACCAAGACCUCACUGUGGCGGAAGAAUGCCAACGGCGGCUACGUGUGCAACGCGUGUGGCCUGUAUCAGAAGCUGCACUCGACCCCCAGACCGCUGAACAUUAUCAAGCAAAACAACGGUGAGCAGAUCAUCCGUCGACGGACACGCAAGCGCCUCAACCCUGACCCCGUACCGUCUGAGCAGGUGGGGUCCAAGCAGCAGCGCGUGAACAGCGAGGAACGUCUCAAUGGCAGCCCCUUAGAGAGAAGGACUGAGGAGCCAGGAUCUGAUGGGUCACGUGCCGAGGCUCAAGUUCAGCUGGGCAAGUACGAAGCUUACGGUCCCUCUGUCCCCAAAAGUCACCCUAGUCCCCGAUCCACACACGCCUUCCUCGUCAACCAGACGCUGGAGAUCCACAAGCGUAUGCCUCCCCUGCAUAUGCACAAAAGCCCUGCAGAUGGAGGGGCAGAGGGGAACGGCCUAAGUGCGGUACCCCAGAGCGGGGACGGUAAGGGUGGCUCAGAGCGGGGCAGCCCGAUCGAGAAGUACAUGCGUCCGUCCAAGCAGGCCAGUUACUCGCCCCCCGGGAGCCCUAUCGAAAAGUAUCAAUACCCUUUCUUUGGCCUUCCGUUCCUCCACAGCGACCUGCAAAACGAAGCGGACUGGUUGCGUUUCUGGACUAAAUACAAGAUGUCCGUGCCAGGCAACCCGGGCCACUACUUGGGCCACGUGGCCGGCCUACCCAAUCCGUGCCAAAGUUUUGUGCCUUACCCCGCCUUCACUUUGCCGCCUCAUUUUCCACCACCGCCCCCUGCUGGACCCGAGAGCGACACUCCACUCGACUUGGCCAUCAAACAUUCCAAACCCAGUCCGACACCCAACGGGCCCCUCGUUGCCAAGGAAAAAGCCACGGGUGAGAAACGUGCCUCGCCCGUCUCAGAACAGGAGAUGGAACAGCCAGAAGACAUCGACGAGGACAGUUCUUCUUCGCAAGUUGCCAAACCGGAAAAGGUGGAUCAGGCCACACAGGAUGAUCUCUCCAGCAAAUGUGCCCACUGUGGCAUCGUCUUUAUGGACGAGGUACUCUACGCUCUGCACAUGAGUUGCCAUGGCGAUGGUGGGCCAUUCCAGUGCAGUAUCUGCCUGCAUCCUUGCACUGAUAAGUACGAUUUCACCACACACAUCCAGCGAGGCCUCCAUCGGGCAGCACCCGAGGCAAACGGCAACCCCUCCAACCAAUGAGCUUUAUGGCCUAGUUUACUUGCAGUCCUAGCACAACUAGAGCAGUGAGGAAACCCAAUAAGAAACCAAUGUACGACAUGGAUGCAUUGAACUUUUUGCUCAAAAUGUGCCAAGAUGGAUCAUGGUGCCUAAGCAACCAACGUAAGGAACUUCAAUCAGCAUAGCAUUUCUGUGGAAGCUCUCUCUCUCACACAAACAAGAAUCUGUUUCAUUUAAGAACUUUUGAACUGCUUUUGAAGAAAUCGGUACAAGUAGCUACUCUCUAGAUAUAUUUUCUUUAAUCCAGAUAAGUAAUUUCGACAAGGCAGUUCAGCAAGCAAGGUACAUCUACUCAAAUUUAAUUAUUGUUUGAUUGUUUCAUUUUCGUUGUGUGUAUUCACACAUUCAUGGAAAGUUCUCUUACCUGAUGAAAAACAAUGAGGAUGUUUCUGCAUGUGUGGCUCAACGUAGGAAAAUCGUGGCAGCCGUCUGUCACUGUGGCAUCAGGAUAAAUGAUCGUCGUCCUCAAACAAACAUCCAGCAUCCUCAGGGAAUGUGUAUGGCUGAAAUAGACAACAUUAGUUAAGUCUUUCUGUCUAGUUAACAUUAUACUAAAUGUCUUAUGGUUUCCUGUUUGUUUGGGUUCAGAGGUAGGAUUUCGUAACUCGAGUCAUCAAAACUUUUAAGCUGCUGCCUUAGUUGCUGGGAUGCAAUUGUUAUUACUCUAGAAGUUUGGGAAGGAAUAAAAAUAUGUUUUUCUAGGUUGUUAAUAGUAAUCAUAUUAUCAGUGCCUGAUAUUGUACAAAGUAUUUUCUACAUGAAAUGUUGAUAUGCAACAUUGCAUCUGAAUAAGGGCCCUGAGCUCGGCUCUGAAAAACGUUUACAUUCGCAAAUGUAGCAAACAACGUAAUGAAGCAACACAUGUUAUAGUAAACUCUUUUUUUUUCCACGAAAACAGUAAGACAUCAAAUUACAUUUCCUGUUACAUUUCCUUUCCUCCAAAGGUGGGACAUUAAACAAAAGAACUAAGUUUUUUUUUAAUCUUUGGCCACCAAAGGGCACUAUUCAUUCCAAGCAUUGUCUCUUUCUGUUUCAUGUAUUUGUGCUUCGUAGUUGAUGAAGUAGCUUGUUGUAUUGGACUGACGUCUUCCUGUAUGUUUCUCUGCUCUUCUGAUGCUUCAAGAGAAGCCAAUCAGGCUGUGCUUUAUUUAGAUAUUUUUAAGAGCCAGAGCUCAACAAUACAAACACAAAUAGCAUCCAGUGAGUCAAAAUGUAUUUUAUGACACCUCUAAUUCCCAAAACAUUCUCUGUGCUCGGCAGAAGUGGAAUUGGAAACACCUUUGAAUUUGUGUUCAAAGUGUAGUGUUGAUCAAAUAAUUUCAGGUGUUUCUGGUGCCUUUCAAUGGCAGUUGUCUCAAAGAGACAUAACGUUAUUAUUUAUAGUCUAGUUUCACCCAGCUGUGUUUUGCUUUAUGCUUCUUUUGCGAAUUAUUAUCUAGAGUGGACGACCGUCCACCCAAACAAUUUAAAAACGUCUAUUUUUAAAUAAUAAUGAGCUCAGAAAUAAUCUCUAAUUCCAGACAUUAUUUAUCAAGUCAACAGUUUGGGAAAGAAAAACAUGUUUUUACAGAAAUCAUUUGGACUCCCUUUGCAGAUUCUGGUUUCGUUUGCAACCUUGCCUGCAUUUUUGUUGUACUUGUCCUAAACGCUUCUUUCAUAGGUUCAAUAUGUUGGACCUGGCCUGAUUUAAUACAGACAUUAUUUAUAUAAACCGGGGAGAGAUUCAGGCUCAAUGUCUCCAAUUUGCUUUCUGUAUGUUUCUCUGAAACUAGCCUUACAACGCUGCUUAACUGCAAAUGCCUCUUGAAAAAUAACUGAUAUUGUUUAAAUCGUCGCUUUUCACCAGACCAUUUAUCCAGUCAGGUAUUAAAUAACAUAAGGAAUUCUUAAUUUUGUAUUAUUUUCUUUCUCUUAAUGGCAAUUUUCAUUUUAAUUUGAAAAUGUUAAUGCUUGCACUUCAGUUACUCUGUUUAUUGCAAAGGAAGGAAGAUGAAAUGUGUUAUUAGCAUGCUAAGUACAGGUACUGCAUUUUAAUAAAUGAAAGAGAUCUUGCCUAUUUUGUGAAGGUCUUAGCAAUAUUGAAACACAAGGAGUAUUUGAUGGAGCCUGGAAGCUCGUUUGGCCAAGGUCACUGCGAAGGGCAUAAAUAUGUAAAUGUUUUAACCAUUAUUCUUAGAAUGUUAUUGUUUUUACACUUGCUGCAUUUAAAGUGCAUAGAUGACGAUUUAGGAUUUUUUCAGCUGCCACCUUAACUAUUUUUUGUUUCCUUUGUUUUCGUGUGUGGUAGGUUUUUACAUGCAAAAAAGAUUCAACAAAGAUGGCAAAGAUGUCUGUUACAUCUAAACUUGAAUAAUAAUAAUGACAAUGAUAAUAAUAAUGAUAAUUAAUAAAAUAAAACAUUUUAGCAA